CACGGGCUCAUUUGGCCCGGUCCGCCCAGCGGUGCGGCUGCUGUGUUGUCGGGAUAAUGAGCUGUGUCCGGGCAGCGGCAGCUGGCUCACUGUGGCGGCUGCGCAUAGGCGCCCCGCGGCCCCUCUCAGGGCACAUCUCGAUUUUACCUGAGAGUAAUGAAGAGUAAACACUUGCAUUGCAGCUUAUGGAAGAAGAAUCAGCAUCAGGUUUCGCAGUUCAGGAAUGACCUUAGACAAUAUCAAUUGGGCAGCCAUUGAUCGAAUAAUCCGAGUGGAUCACGCAGGCGAGUAUGGAGCAAACCGCAUCUACGCAGGGCAGAUGGCCGUGCUGCGCCGGACCAGUGUCGGGCCAGUCAUCCAGAAAAUGUGGGAUCAAGAAAAAGACCAUUUGAAAAAAUUCAGUGAGUUAAUGGUUGCAUUCAGGGUCCGGCCAACAAUUCUCAUGCCCUUUUGGAACGUGAUGGGUUUUGCCCUGGGAGCUGGGACCGCCUUGCUUGGGAAGGAAGGAGCGAUGGCCUGCACCGUGGCUGUGGAAGAAUCGAUAGCACAUCACUACAACAACCAGAUCAGGACUCUGAUGGAGGAGGACCCUGAAAAAUAUGAGCAACUUCUUCAGGUGUUAAAGAAAUUUCGGGAUGAAGAGCUCGAGCACCAUGACACAGGCCUCGAACACGAUGCAGAAUUGGCUCCAGCAUAUGCCAUUUUGAAGACUGUUAUCCAAGCUGGGUGCAGCAUGGCAAUAUAUUUAUCAGAAAGAUUUUAAAGUACAUCCACUUACCCCUCUCUAUAGAAGAUGAUAUUAAUUUAACAAGUGACAUUUGCAGAAGAAAAUGUACAGUUGGUGUUAUGUGAUUUUUCUCUGUGCUAUCUUGUUCCUUAAGGAUGAGAGUUCAACAUGCAUAUUCAAAUAACAGCAAAUGAAGCUGGUCCUUGUUCAGUCAUAAUUUAUUUUCUCCCAAAACAUCAAUAAUGGAACAUUAAUAAAGUGACAAAAAUCACAAAAGGUUGGGUUUUGAAGAACAGUGGACACUGCGAUAGUUUGGAUUGGUGCUUUACAACUCUUUUUCUUAAACCAAGGCCAAAUUUUAUUAACAUGACCAAGCAAAUCAGUCUCCCAAUAAUAAUUGCAAUAAAUUAAACAUGGGAGAGAAAGAUUAAUAACAGUUUUAGAUUCCAGACUCUUGUGCUGGUAUACAAACAGUUGUCUGUACUAUAAUUUUGUAUAAAUGGUUAACAACUGGAAAAAGCUUCUGUGCAUUUACACAUCAUGUCCACAUUCUUUUGUAAGUGUGCAUUUUAUGUCAUUCUUUCCUAUAAGACCAUGAGUUUAUUGAGGGCAAAAUAUCUGUUCCAAUACUAUGUAGGUGCCUCUUGAAAGGAAGGAAGGAGGGGAGAGAAGGAAAAAAAGGAAAGAAGAUGAGACAGGGGGAUGGGGUUGGGAGGUGUUCUUAAGUAGCUGCCAAAUUGCUCCAAAAACUUGCCUCCUUGGCUGCUUCACCCUCUCUUCUGAACUCUUAACUCCAGAGGGUACCAAGAUGCAGUGCUUCGCCUUGUUCUCAGUCUGCCAUCCUUCCCUUGUGUGUCUCAUCCACUUUGUGACUGAUUCCUUCACAUUUGUAUCUCUAGUGUCUCUAGCCCCACCCUCUCUCUCUGGAAUUCCGUUGUCAAAUAUCCACCUGCCUACUGGACCUUGCCUCCCAACUUGGUAAUUGAACAGAUUCUCAAAUUCCAUGUGCCCAAGCUGGAACCCCUUGUCUCCAUUCUCCACCCUACCCCUCCCCCCAAACCUCCCCAGGUGGCCUUUCUGAUCACAGAUGAUGGCCAUUGCCCAGUGGCCUUUGACUCCUGCCUCCAUCACACCUGCAUCCAGUAUUGGCCAGGACACGCUGUGGGUGCUCCCAAAUCUCACUGCCUCCACUGCCAUGUGGGUCCCAGCCACGCUCUUCUCUCACAUGGGCCAUUUCAGAAGCCUCCUAACUACCCUUCCUGCUUUAUCCUUGCCCUCUCAUUCUCAGCAGGGCAGCCAGAAGGAUCCUCUGAGCCAUAAACCAGACAGAAGCUAUCCAGAAUGAAACACUGAAAAGAGACUAAAAUAAAUAAACAAAAAAUAAAAAUAAGCAGAUCAUUGAACUGUGAAUACAGCUUCAAGGAUCAUAAUAUUCAUUUAAUUGGAGCUCUGAAAGAUGAGCAGAGGGUGGAGGGACAGAUCAAAUAACAUCACUGCUCAGCUCAGCAACUCCCAGUGACUUCCCAGUUCCCUCAAAAUAAAAGUCAAAGUCCCUAAAAUGGUUUACAAGAUCCUACACGAUCUGGCCCUCCGGCUUCUCACCCUUUCCCUCUUCCUCAGUCUGCCUCAGCCACACCAACAUCCUUACUGGUCCUCAGAAAUGCCCGGCACGCUUCUGCCUUGUGGUCUUUGUAAUGCCUGUUUCCUCUGCCUCAAAUGCUCUUUCCCAGAUACCUGCAUCCUCAGAUCCCUGGCCAACUCCCAAAUUUUGCUCAAAUCUCAUCUUUUAAAGGAUGCCCACCCUAACCAUCCUUUUCAAAUUUGCAAACAGUCCAUCCCUUUUCCCUAGUAUGCCCCACUCCCCUGGCUCUGUGCUCCUUUUUAUGUCCCACAGCACUUACUACCUUCUAGCAGGUCAUAUAAUGUACUUAUUUGUUAUGUUAUGUCUGCUAGAGUGUAAGGCCUGUGAGGGCAGGAACCUUUGUUUUAAUCGCUAUCACCUAACAGAUGCUCAAUAGAUAGUUGUUGGUGGGAUUGAAUGAAGUAAUAGCUCUCCCUCCUUGGGAGGCAUUUUCGUAUAAGUAGCAAGCAACUCAAGUCUACCUGGGUACCUAACAACAAAAUUCAGUCAAGAUUUACCCAAAAGAUGUUUCUGGGAAAUCAAAGGAAGGCCAUCCUCUCUGCUUCUCUCUGAUGAUUGAAAACAAUACAGACUGGGUAUCCACAUGCAAAAGAAUUAAUUAAGAAUUAAUUGAUCACACCAUAUACAAAAAUUAACUCAAAAUGGACUAAGACCUAAAUAGAAGAAUUAAAAAUAUAAAGCUCUUAGAAGAAAACAUAGAU